UAAGUGCUGGGCGUCCCGAGAUGAUUUAUUGCGAGGGAGGGAGAAAAGGAAAAAAGAAGAGCGGUGUAGUAGAGGGUAGAAGGUGAAAAGGAUAAGAAGGUAGUUUAUCUGAGCCCCUUCAGAGACUGCAGUCUUCGGAAAGGGAGCGUAUUUUGUUGCAGCACGGACACCGAACGAGCCACCGAUUCUGCCCCAAGUUAGCGUCUGCCACUGAACCACAGAAACCAUGUCGGAGGCAGACAAGUUUCUCUAUGGCGACCGCAACCUCGUCAGCGACCCCCUGGCCCAGGCCGACUGGGCCUCCAAAAAGCUGGUGUGGGUCCCCUCCGAGCGCCUGGGGUUCGAGGCGGGCUCCCUCAAGGAGGAGACGGGCGAGGAGUGCCUGGUGGAGCUGGCCGACUCCGGCAAGAAGGUGAAGGUCAACAAGGACGACAUCCAGAAGAUGAACCCGCCCAAGUUCAGCAAGGUGGAGGACAUGGCCGAGCUCACCUGCCUGAACGAGGCCUCGGUCCUGCACAACCUGAAGGACCGCUACUACUCCGGCCUCAUCUACACGUACUCUGGGCUCUUCUGCGUGGUGAUCAACCCCUAUAAGUACCUGCCCAUCUACUCGGAGGAGAUCGUGGAGAUGUACAAGGGCAAGAAGCGCCACGAGAUGCCGCCCCACAUCUACGCCAUCACCGACACCGCCUACCGCAGCAUGAUGCAGGAUCGGGAGGAUCAGUCCAUCCUGUGCACGGGGGAGUCGGGGGCCGGUAAGACGGAGAACACCAAAAAGGUGAUUCAGUAUUUGGCGUUUGUGGCGUCCUCCCACAAGACCAAGAAAGACCAGAGCACAGCAACCCUGUCACAUGGGGAGCUGGAGAAGCAGCUGCUGCAGGCUAACCCCAUCCUAGAGGCCUUUGGCAAUGCUAAGACGGUCAAGAAUGACAACUCUUCCAGAUUCGGGAAAUUCAUCAGAAUCAACUUUGAUGUGAAUGGUUACAUCGUGGGAGCCAACAUCGAGACCUAUCUGCUGGAGAAGUCCCGUGCCAUUCGCCAGGCGAAGGACGAGAGGACCUUCCACCUCUUUUACUACAUGCUGACGGGGGCUGGCGACAAACUACGCUCGGAGCUGUGUCUGGAGGACUAUAAAAACUACCGCUUCCUGUCCAACGGAAACGUGACCAUCCCGGGCCAGCAGGACAAGGACCUCUUUGUGGAGACCAUGGAUGCCAUGAAGAUCAUGAGCAUCCCGGAGGACGAGCAGAUCGGUCUGCUGAAGGUCGUGUCAGCGGUUCUCCAGCUGGGGAACAUGAGCUUCAAGAAGGAGCGACACUCCGACCAGGCCUCCAUGCCUGAUGACACAGCCGCGCAGAAGGUGUGCCACCUGAUGGGCAUGAACGUGACGGACUUCACCCGGGCCAUCCUGUCCCCCAGGAUCAAGGUGGGCCGCGAUUUUGUGCAGAAGGCCCAGACCCAGGAGCAGGCCGAGUUCGCCGUGGAGGCCCUGGCCAAGGCCACCUACGAGAGGAUGUUCCGCUGGCUGGUCAUGCGCAUCAACAAGGCCCUGGACAAGACCAAGCGUCAGGGCGCCUCCUUCAUCGGCAUCCUGGACAUCGCCGGGUUCGAGAUCUUUGAGCUGAACUCCUUCGAGCAGCUGUGCAUCAACUACACCAACGAGAAGCUGCAGCAGCUGUUCAACCACACCAUGUUCGUCCUGGAGCAGGAGGAGUACCAGAGAGAGGGCAUUGAGUGGAGCUUCAUCGACUUUGGCCUGGACCUGCAGCCCUGCAUCGACCUCAUCGAGAAACCUACCAGUCCCCCUGGAAUCCUGGCCCUUCUGGAUGAGGAGUGUUGGUUCCCCAAGGCCACAGACAAAUCCUUCGUGGCGAAGGUGGUUCAGGAACAGGGCACCCACCCCAAGUUCCACAAGGCCAAGAAGCUCAAAGACGACUCUGACUUCUCCAUCAUGCACUAUGCUGGGAAGGUGGACUACAAGGCCGACGAGUGGCUGAUGAAGAACAUGGACCCCCUGAACGACAACGUGACCACACUGCUGAACCAGUCCUCAGACAAAUUUGUGUCCGAUCUGUGGAGAGAUGUGGACCGGAUCGUGGGCCUGGACCAGGUGGCCGGAAUGUCGGACUCGAUGGUGGGGGCCUUCAAGACCCGCAAGGGCAUGUUCCGCACGGUGGGGCAGCUGUACAAGGAGCAGCUCGCCAAGCUGAUGGCCACCCUGAGGAACACCAACCCCAACUUCGUCCGCUGCAUCAUCCCCAACCACGAGAAGAAGGCGGGUAAGCUGGACCCCCACCUGGUCCUGGACCAGCUGAGGUGCAACGGUGUUCUGGAGGGGAUCCGCAUCUGCAGACAGGGCUUCCCCAACCGCAUCGUCUUCCAGGAGUUCAGACAGAGGUAUGAGAUCCUCACCCCCAACGCCAUUCCCAAGGGCUUCAUGGACGGCAAGCAGGCCUGUGCACUCAUGAUCAAAGCUUUGGAGCUGGACCCGAACCUGUUCCGGAUCGGCCAGAGCAAAGUGUUCUUCCGGGCCGGGGUCCUGGCCCACCUGGAGGAGGAGCGAGACAUGAAGAUCACCGACGUCAUCAUCAGUUUCCAGUCCUGGUGCCGGGGCUACGUCGCCCGCAAAGCCUUUGCCAAGAGACAGCAGCAGCUGACGGCCAUGAAAGUGAUCCAGAGGAACUGUGCUGCCUACCUCAAGCUGAGGAACUGGCAGUGGUGGAGGCUCUUCACCAAGGUGAAGCCGCUGCUCCAGGUGACCCGGCAGGAGGAGGAGAUGUUGGCCAAGGAUGAGGAGCUGAUCAAGGUGAAGGAGAGGCAGCUGCAAGCCGAGGAGCAGCUGAAGGAAUACGAGACCAAACAACAGCAGCUGAGCGCGGAGAAGCUGGCCCUGCAGGAGCAGCUGCAGGCGGAGACGGAGCUGUGCGCGGAGGCGGAGGAGAUGCGCGCGCGCCUGGCCGCCCGCAAGCAGGAGCUGGAGGAGAUCCUGCACGACCUGGAGGCCCGCGUGGAGGAGGAGGAGGAGCGCGUCACUCAGCUGCAGACCGAGAGGAAGAAGAUGCAGCAGAACAUCACGGACCUGGAGACGCAGCUGGAUGAGGAGGAGGCCGCCCGGCAGAAGCUGCAGCUGGAGAAGGUGACCACGGAGGCCAAGCUGAAGAAGGUGGAGGAGGACGUGAUGGUGCUGGACGACCAGAACAACAAACUGGCCAAGGAAAAGAAGCUGCUGGAGGACAGGAUCUCUGAGUUCACCACAAACCUGGCGGAAGAGGAGGAGAAGUCAAAGAGCCUGCAGAAACUGAAGAACAAGCACGAGGCCAUGAUCACCGACCUGGAGGACCGUCUCCGCAAGGAGGAGAAGCAGCGGCAGGAGCUGGAGAAGAACCGGCGCAAGCUGGAGGGCGACUCCACCGACCUGCACGACCAGAUCGCCGAGCUGCAGGCCCAGAUCGCCGAGCUCCGCGCCCAGCUGGCCAAGAAGGAGGAGGAGCUUCUGGCAGCCCUGGCCAGGAUGGAGGAGGAGGCAGCGCAGAAGAACAUGGCCCAGAAGAAGAUCCGGGAGCUGGAGGCGCAGCUGUCGGAGCUGCAGGAGGACCUGGAGCUGGAGCGGGCGGCCCGCUCCAAGGCCGAGAAGCACCGCAGGGACCUGGGCGAGGAGCUGGAGGCCCUGAAGACCGAGCUGGAGGACACGCUGGACUCCACCGCCGCCCAGCAGGAGCUCAGAUCGAAGCGCGAGUCGGAGGUGGCGCACCUGAAGAAGACCCUGGAGGACGAGGCCCACGUGCACGAGCAGCAGGUGGCGGACAUGCGGCAGAAGCACAGCCAGGCCUUCGACGAGCUCAACGAGCAGCUGGAGCAGGCCAAGCGGAACAAGGUGUCCGUGGAGAAGGCCAAGCAGGCGCUGGAGAGCGAGCGUAACGAGCUGAGCAUCGAGCUGCAGACGCUGAUGCAGGGGAAGAGCGACUCGGAGAGCCGCAGGAAGAAGGCCGAGUCGCAGCUGCAGGAGCUGCAGGUCAAGCACGGGGAGACCGAGCGGCAGCGGCACGAGCUGGCCGAGAAGGUGUCCAAACUGCAGUUGGAGCUGGACAGCGUGAACGGGCUGCUCAGCGAGGUCGAGGGGAAGUCCAUCAAGGCGUCGAAGGACUGCUCCGCGGUGGAGUCCCAGCUGCAGGACGUGCAGGAGCUGCUACAGGAGGAGACUCGGCAGAAGCUCUCUCUCUCCACCCGUCUGCGGCAGCUGGAGGAUGAGCAGAACAGCCUGAGGGAGCAGGUGGAGGAGGAGGAAGAGAGCAAGAAGAACGUGGAGAGGCAGCUCGCCAGUCUUCAGUCUCAGCUGGCGGAGAUGAAGAAGAAGCUGGAGCACGAGGCGUGCGCCUUGGAGGGCGUGGAGGAGGGGAAGAAGAGGAUCCAGAGGGACCUGGAGGGCGUCACCCAGCAGCUGGAGGAGAAGAGCUCCGCCUACGACAAGCUGGACAAGACCAAGACCCGCCUGCAGCAGGAGCUGGACGACAUGCUGGUGGACCAGGACCACCUGAGGCAGAUCGUACACAACCUGGAGAGGAAGCAGAAGAAGUUUGACCAGAUGCUGGCGGAGGAGAAGGCCAACUCGACCCAGUUCGCUGAGGAGCGGGACCGGGCCGAGGCGGAGGCCCGGGAGAAGGAGACGCGGGCUCUGGCGCUGACCCGGGAGCUGGAGGCCAUGUCGGACAUGAGGAACGAGCUGGACCGGGCCAACAAACUGCUGAAGGCCGAAAUGGAGGACCUGGUCUCCUCCAAAGACGACGUGGGCAAAAGCGUGCACGAGCUGGAGAAGUCGAAGCGAGGGAUGGAGCAGCAGCUGGAGGAGAUGCGCACGCAGCUGGAGGAGCUGGAGGACGAGCUGCAGGCCACGGAGGACGCCAAGCUGCGGCUGGAGGUCAACAUGCAGGCCAUGAAGGCGCAGUUCGACAGGGACCUGCUGGCCCGCGACGAGAUGGGAGAGGAGAAGAAGAGACAGCUGGUCAAACAGGUGCGGGAGAUGGAGAUGGAGCUGGAGGAUGAGCGUAAGCAGCGGUCCGUGGCCGUUGCUGCCCGCAAGAAGCUGGAGCUGGACCUGGUGGAGCUGGAGGCCCAGAUCGACAUGGCCAACAAGAACCGGGACGAUGCCCUCAAACAGCUGAAGAAACUGCAGGCCCAGAUGAAAGACCUCCUGAGGGAGAUAGAGGACUCCCGUCUUGCCCGCGAGGAGGCGCUCGCCCAGGCCAAGGAGAACGAGAAGAAAAUCAAGACCAUGGAGGCCGACAACAUGCAGCUGCAGGAGGACCUGGCCGCAGCAGAGAGGAUGAAGAGGCAAGCUCAGCUGGAGAGGGACGAGCUGCAGGAUGAGAUCAACAGUCAAGCCUCCAAGAACACGCUGAUGGCCGAUGAGAAGCGGAGACUGGAGGCGCGGAUCGCCCAGCUGGAGGAGGAUCUGGAGGAGGAGCAGUGCAACACUGAGCUGGUCAACGACCGUCUGAAGAGGGCCACUGCACAGGCUGAGCAGAUGACGACCGAGCUGAGCGCGGAGCGCAGUAACUCUCAGCGCCUGGAGGGGGCGCGCUCACAGCUGGACCGCCAGAACAAGGAGCUGAAGCUGAAGCUGCAGGAGCUGGAGGGGACCGUCAAGAGCAAGUACAAGGCCAGCAUCACCUCCCUGGAGGCCAAGAUCCUCCAGCUGGAGGAGCAGCUGGACAUAGAGACCCGGGAGAGGCAGCAGGCGUCGAAGCUGGUGCGGCGUACGGAGAAGAAGCUGAAGGAGGCCUUCCUGCAGGUCGACGACGAGCGGCGCAACUCUGAGCAGUACAAAGACCAGGCGGACAAGCUGAACAGCCGGAUGAAGCAGCUGAAGAGGCAGCUGGAGGAGGCGGAGGAGGAGGCCACCCGCGCCAACGCCAACCGCAGGAAGAUGCAGAGGGAGCUGGAGGACGCCACCGAGUCCGCCGACGCCAUGAACCGGGAGGUCAGCACCCUCAGGAGCAAGCUCAGGCGCGGGGACGUGCCCUUCACCUUGCGACGUAUGAUUGGCCGGUCUGGAGCAGAGAGUGACGAGGAGGUGGAUCCCAAGAGCGAAACCCCUGAGCCCAAACCAGAGUGACCUGCCCGUCAGGGACUGUCACAGUGCCCCUGCUGGCCACAGCAGGGAACUGAUUUAUAUACUCAGUCACUUUUGCAUGCACAGCUCUUUACCCAGAUUGAAAUGGUUAUGCCUCCACAUGCCAAGAUGUUUGUAUGUGCAACACUGUAACACAUUCAUGGUUACAUGCACACAUGGACAGAUUAAAUGCUGUACAUGACUUUAACACAGGUGUACACAGUACCUGGUUAGUAUUUUUUACAAUCAUUCAGAUUUUCAGAGUCCACUGAGAAAUCUGUUCAAAAAGCUACACAAAUGUUCACAGAGUAAAUGCAAACAUGCACAUAAAUAUAUAUAUUUGGCCAAAUGACUCAUCUUAAGCAUGAAUGUGAAUAUUUUUGAAAGGAAACAUUCUUACUAUAUUCUUAUUUCUGGAUCUAUUUUUCUAUCUAUGAAUUUUGAGAAAAAAGCAAAAAUAUUUAGAAUACAGAGGGGACCAAAGUAGUACUGCCAUCUAAGAGAUUUGUAUUUUUAAGUUUAUACUAUUUUGUGAAAGUAUGAAAGUUUUUAUAUCUUUCUACCUCUCUUUAUAUUAGGGGGUUAUAUGCUAAAUGUACUGUAUAAAAUAUAGCCGUUACUAGUUCACUUUAUACAUUGGUUUGGGAUUAUUAAAAUGGCUUUGCAUUGGAAACACUCGUGCAUGUAUGCAAUUGGAUCAAUGCACCUGGAAACACACACUUGCACAUGGUUAGACAUUAUAUCACAAUGAAAUGUUAAAUUAAAAUUUUUAGACCCACACAUUGAAGAUCACAUAGUGGUCUUGGUGCAGGUUUUGCACCAAGCACAAUUAUUAUACCGGUUACGUGAUGUCACUGUUAGAGCCAUAUGAAAAAUGGUUAAUAAAGAUGCUGCAACACACGUGAGAAUGUGACGCAACGAAUACAAAUCGAGACAUGCGUGUAGCCUAAUAAACCAGCAUAAAUUACACUAUCCAGGGUUUUCUGCGAUCUUCCUGCACAAGCAAACAACUACACUUUAAUGUGGAUGUUUGUGUUUACAUACAAAUGUGGGGCUUAUACGGUGGUGGGGUAGGGUUAUGUUUUUGUUCGUAGUCUCUGCACACAUUCUCUGGACACUGCUUUGUGGAGCGCUUUGAAGUAUUAGACAGACCAGCCAUUGUUUUUUUUUUUUUUUUUUUUUUUUAUUAACUCCCUGUAACUGCAUUAUAACACACUGUAUUUUUCAGUGAUCUUUGCCUUAUUAUCCCUGCCUGUAUUCUUUGAUUCUGUUUGAACGUGCGGCGGGGGUGGACCAGGUUCGUUCGAAUGGGUGCGCACCUCUGUGAUUGAACGUUGGAGUCUAAAAGUUCCACCACUAGCUGCGUUCGGUUUUCCUGCUGGUGCUGCCAAGGAAGCGAGAGAAACGGUUUAAUUUAUCCCAUUUAAAACCCGGAUUUUGUACUGUUCCUUUUAUCUGGAGAUAUGAUACGUGUAAUAUGAAUUACUGUUGCAAUAAAAAUUGGCUUUUUCAACUGCU